CAUCCGCCUCUCACGGUCCUGUCCGCCCGAAGGUUACACUCGCUCGCCUCCGUCCUGACAAUAUGUCGUUUUACCAAAAUAUUACCAUCAAAAUGGUCGCUUUUGACGCGGUUUCUGUCGUCAGCUCCUAACCUUCGGCCCGGGGACGGAAAGAAGACACGUAUGCGUCGAACCAACCGCUCUCUUUAGACGCUUUAUCCCGUGUUGGACGGGACAGCUCAGCACCGACUGAAGCCUUCUGACCCUUAGCACUCGCCCCUGUUCGCCCUGAGAUGCUGCCCAGCCUGCGCGGAGUCCUGCGGCCCGUCCGCCACAUGAGAGCCGGGAGCGGGCCCCUCCGAGCCGGACUGUUUAGCCAGCAAGCUCCCUCCUCCCUGUCCAGCCCGUGUCUGUACCGGCACCUGGGCACUCACCCGCUGAAGGAACCCGUGGAGCCCCUCAACUCUCCCCGCGGGGCCAAGGAGUUUAUUUACAGCCUCCAUCCGACGGAACGCACCUGCCUGCUGCGGGAGCUGCACAAGUUCGAGUCCAUUGCCAUCGCUCAAGGGCAGCUCCAGAUUGCGCCACCUACUGCUGCACAGUUAAGAUAUGUUCUACUGCACAAUGCACUCCCUUUCGUUGGAUUUGGAUUCCUUGACAACUGCAUCAUGAUUGUUGCUGGCACACAGAUUGAGUUGUCCAUUGGCGUUAUCCUUGGCAUUUCUACUAUGGCAGCUGCUGCUCUCGGCAACUUGGUGUCUGAUCUGGCAGGACUCGGGCUGGCAGGUUAUGUUGAGGCUUUAGCAUCUCGUAUGGGCAUGCAGAUUCCUGACCUGAAUCCGAAGCAGGCGGACAUGUGGCAGACCAGAGUCAGCUCUCACUCGGGCAAAGCCAUCGGCGUGGGCAUCGGCUGCAUCCUGGGCAUGUUCCCUCUUCUCUUUUUCAAGGACGAUGAGGAGAAAAAAGCCAGCAAAAAGGCCAAGGCUCAAGAAGAAGCUGCAACAAUGGACAGCAAGAAGUGACAACAUGUCAAACUCUUUCUUUCUGGCAGGACACUCCUUCAACCCCCAACACAGUCUGAUUGUUAAGAAGACUUCAAUAUUAGUGCAGCACAUGGACGUCUCCUGAAGAAUCAUCAUCAUCAUCAUCAUCAUCCUCAUCCUCAUCCUCAUCCUCAUCAGCCUGCUGCUAUCCCUUUAGCUCCAAACACUAAACUGUGACCUUGGUCUUCACUUCCUGGGACUGACAGGAUCUGAUCUCACCACAGGACAUACUUGCCAACCCUUCCGGAUUUUCCGGGAGACUCCCGAAAUUCAGCGCCUCUCUCGAAAACCUCCCGGGACAAAUUUUUCCCCGAAAUUCAGGCGGAGCUGGAGGCCACGCCCCCUCCAGCUCCAUGCGGACCUGAGUGACAUGUCGACAGCGGCCAGCCUGUUCUCACGCCCGCUUUCCCACUAUAUAAACAGCGUGCCUGCCCAAUCACGUUAUAACUGUAGAAUGAUCGAGGGCGAGUUCUUGGUUUCUUAUGUGGGUUUAUUGUUAGGCAGUUUCAUUAACGUCCUCCCGGCGCGGCAACAACACACAACAACAGCAGUCACGUUUUCGUCUACCGUAAAGCAGUUCGUCUGCCGUAAACAGCAGUGUUGUGACACUCUUAAACAGGACAAUACUGCCAUCUACUGUACAUGCAUAUGUGACAAUAACAUCUAGGGCUUUUAGAGAGUGCAGUGCACAACUGCUAUACUAUAUAUACGCGUGGCGCAGUGGAAGAGUGGCCGUGCGUGACCCAAGGGUCCCUGGUUCAAUCCCCACCUAGUACCAACCUCGUCAUGUCCGUUGUGUUCUGAGCAAGACACUUCACCCUUGCUCCUGAUGCAUGGCAGCUCCCUCCAUCAGUGUGUGAAUGUGUGUGUGAAUGGGUAAAUGAGGAAGUAGUGUCAAAGCGCUUUAAGUACCUUGAAGGUAGAAAAGCGCUAUACAAGUACAACCCAUUUAUCAUU